UGCUUGCCACCCACUCAAAACGAUGCGCGGGAGCUUUCGUGGAGCUUUCAGUUGCUUUGACUUUGAAUUCAAGUGCAGAGAGCCGUUAACCGUUAACUUUUCAGCCAUGAAAAUAGUGUUAGACAAACAGUGCCGGCGGCGUCGGAGGCCUGACACAAAACAGAUGAACAACUGGUUUUUUUGGCCAAUAGAGAUCCACCCUUCCCCCCGCUCAACAAACAAUGUUUUUUAUGUCUUGAAUGUUUUGUAUGGAAAUAGUUAGAAAAUAACCCAAUUUAUAGGCAAAUAGUGAAUAUUUGAUCGUCAGUUCAGCAACAUGAGUCGGCAACUGAAGUUCAAUGUGCAGGCCGAGGACCAUCCGUCGCAGUGGGAGGAGGAGUACCACUCGGAUAUGGUCGAGAUCAAUCUGAAUGCCAGCUGCGGCCAGGCCAAGCAGCAGUCGGCCCAGGCACUGGACCAGCUGCUCCUGGCGGCCAGCGCGCCUCCGCAUCGUGGCUAUCCCUAUGGCUAUGCGGACAUUGAUCCCGGCACGGAUAUUUACUUCUGCAAGAAGUCCAACUCCACGGGCCAGCUGGCCGAGAAGGUAUCACCGCCACCGCCGGCGGCCACCAACAUUAGCUGUCUGCGGCAGAUGUACUGUCCGAAGUGCCACGAGCGGUUGCACGAGCAGGGCGUGCGCCUCGAGCGACUGCUGACCAUAUGCUGCUUUGGCCUCCUGCCCAUCUAUCCGUGCUGCAUGCGACGCUCCAACGACGACUGCAAGGUCAUCUGUGGCAAGUGCGGCUAUCUCUUGGGUGCCUGGAAGCGGCAAUGACAAUGAUGUCUGAUCGAUGGCGCUGAUCUCUGUGUUUUUUCGUUUGUUUUAUUUAGUUUUUAUUUUUAUUUUUAAUUAGUUUUGUUGACCUCGAAGCGAGAGAUGAAGAUGAUACAUUCCCAAAUGUACAAACAAAUGUUGUUACUCUCUUCUGCCCGAUCUUCCGCUCUUCCGCUCUUCUCUACUCUCUUUGGCGCAAUCACCUCGCUCUUCUGUGAUCUCUUUUGCUGGCUCGUCGCGCACUCAAUCGUUGC